AUGGGUGAUUUCAAUGCCACUCUCCACUCACAUGAAAAACGAGGUCCAGGGAACUUUAGUCUGGGCUCUGCAGCGGAAUUUGGAGCCAUGGUAGAUGCUUGCUCCAUGUCUCAGGUUCUCUCGAUUGGUAGAAAAUUCACUUGGACAAACAAUCGAUGCCAUGGAAAUGUUUGUUCGGUUCUGGACAGAAGUUUUUGUGACAAAGAAUGGCUAGAUAGUUUUCAGGACUAUCACGACGACUUUGAUAGAGUGGUGGCGGAUUCUUGGUCGGAAUGGAUUUUGGGAGCUCCUAUCUAUGUUCUUGUCAAUAAGCUUAAAAAGCUUAAGGGUGUGAUCAGAGACUGGGCGAGGUCUACUUUUCCUCAUCUAGAUAGGGUGCUGGAAGAGGCAAAUAGGGUUCUAGCACAGAUUCAGGAGCAGAUUGAUACAAAAGGUAUGGAUGAUCAGUUGUAUGCCUUGGAGGCCAUGGCUAAGACUACCCUGAUUAAGGUCAUGGAAAAUCAUGAAAAAAUGUGGGCUGAAAAAGCAAGGAUUAGAUGGCUUAAAUUUGGUGAUAGAAACUCCAAAUUCUUCCUCCUUUCUACUAAAAUGAGGAGGAAUAAGAACACGAUCAAAUCACUUAAGAAGCAGGACGGCUCCAUGGUUGAUGAUCCCAUCCAAAUAGGGAACUACAUAGUUGACUUCUAUGAGAAUUUUCACAAAGCUACCCCGACUGUACAACAUGAGGAAUUACUGGACAAUAUUCCCUUAAUCCUGACCAAGUUGAUCGUUACCACAUGGAUGCCCUUCCUGGAGAUACAGAGAUUAAAAGGGCUGUGUGGGAGCUUGAUCCGGACAGCUCGCCAGGGUGUGAACAAAAAUUUCCUUGUGCUGAUCCCAAAGGUAGAUGGGGUAGAUAACCUAGGUAACUUCCGCCCUCUAUGCAUGGGAAACUUCUUCUGCAAAAUUAUUACAAAGGUGAUGGCAUUGAGGUUGGAGCCUCUUCUUCCCAGAUUAAUAUCUGAUGAGCAAGGUGCUUCCCCAAAAGGAAAGAUUAUCCAUGACAAUAUUAUUGUCGCUUCAGAGCUUGCAAACUUGAUAUUCUCAUCCACCAGAGGAGGGGGUAUCAGCAUAAUUGACAUCAGAAAAGCCUAUGACACAAUUGACUGGAAGUUUAUUUUUCAGGUUAUGCAUAGAUUCAGUUUCUCUGAGAGAUGGAUCGGAUGGCUCAACCAAAUUUUGAUAUAUUCUAAGAUAUCAAUUCUAGUUAAUGGAGGACCGCAAGGGUUUUUUAAUGUGGAACGAGGCCUGAGACAAGGUGAUCCGAUAUCGCCGAUACUGUUUAUAAUUGUAGAAGAAGUUCUAUCUCGGGGGCUGAAGGGGCUAAUCCAGUCGAACCAAAUAAAGUUAAUCCAGGGCCCAAGAGGCGCUGAAACCCCAGGGCACAUCUUGUUCACGGAUGACAUCAUUAUAUUCACCAAUGCUUCCCAGAGCUUCCCUACAAAAUAUUUAGGUGUUGAAAUCUUUAAGGGUCGGUUAAAAAAGAAUGCUCUCAUGCCUGUGAUGGACAAUGUGAAGAAGUGCCAUGCAGGGUGGAAGGGUAAGCUUCUUUCAAUGGUGGGAAGAACAGAGCUAGUCAGAUCUGUGAUCUCUAGCAUCCCUACUCAUAAUUUUGCGGUAUACUAG